CCCAACAUGUCCCACCCACCCACCAUAAAACCAGACACCGACACCAAAAUCGAACGCAUCACGAAAUGGAAAUCCGCCGUUGGGCCAUCCUCCCUCGCAACCCUCCCAGCAGGCCACACCAACCCCCGCGUCUCCGCCAUGAUCACCCACCACUCCUCCAACAACGUCUCCAUCGCCGCGUCGGAAUACCACUGCAUCACUGAAUCCAAGCCAGCGGCGAACCUGCCCCGGGCAAACAUACCCAGUUUGCAGGUGGGAUUGAACAAGAUCGUGAAUCGGUGGAAAGUGCCAAACACGGUGAACUUUGCCGCGUACGCAAAGGGGUAUCCAACCGACGACGCGAGGGUAUACGCAGCGCAGAUGCUGAACGACGCAUGCAAGGACUGGAACGCACUCCAGCUAGGCGUGAGUUUCAAGUGGGUGACGAAGAUUGAAGACGCAGCGUUUGUGCUCGCGUAUGGAGGGGACCAGGGCAGUACGCUUGCGCGAUCAUUCUUCCCCAACGACGACGAUCUGAGUACGGUGUAUGUGUAUAAGCGGGCGUUUGAGCCGGGAUAUGUCAACUAUAUGAAGAAUGUGUUUCUGCAUGAACUGGGCCAUGUGCUUGGUUUGCGGCAUGAGUUUGCGCCAGAGCAGGAAGGGGAUACGGUGCAGCUGGGCGUGAGGAAUGAGGAUUCCGUCAUGAGUUAUUCGUUUCCGCCGGAGAUGCAGAAAAGCGAUGAGAGUAGUACAAAGGAGUUUUAU